CCGGCUCUUACGGCGCUGCGAGUCUACGUCCACUCCGCCGUCUCUUCCUACUUAAGCCUUGAUCCAAGUCAGCAGACCUCUUCAUCUUCCACAUCCAACUAGACUUAUCACUAGAUUCUCAACUUCACUUCUACCAAACCUCACUACAGCCCCAACCCGCCCACCAUGUCUAACGAGGUCCUCACUCUCAUCUACCGUCCCCACGAGCACGCCGACGAGUACAUGGUCUUCGUCGACGACGACAAGGAGUUCAAGGAGUGGCGCGCCCAGCCGGAGGGAGGCAAGUCCAUCGCCCUCUCCCGCUUCAUUGGUAACUUUGCUGUCUACAAGAGUAUCACUGGUGGUGUGACCGGCGUUCUCCAGCCCAUUUCGAAGCAGGACCUCGAGACCGCCUUCUUCAGCGACGACAAGAAGGUCAAGGACAAGUCUGUCGAGGCUGCCAUCCAGAUCAUCCUCCAGCACGGCCGCGAACAGAAGCAGACGUUCAAGGCAUCCGAGCGCUCAGACUUUAACACGUCGCGCGGCGGCGCCGGCGACAACCAUCCCGGCACCCAGCGCCGCUAAGCGCUAUGAGAACGAGGGGCCGGCGAGCCCGCAGUCCAGCAGUCAACAAUCGAGAUAUGCAGUCAUGACAUAG